UAAAUUUAGAGGAAAAGUUGCCGCUCGGCCACCCUGAUGUCGUAAAUCCAUUGUUAUCAAUCAAAGCGUUCUUUUCAGAGGUGAUUAUCACGAACCACAUAUCCUGUAGAUAUCACGGUCAAUGUACUGUCACUUUCCUUGACUCUAAUGUCUCACCAUGGGCUACAUGGGAUUGGAUUGAAAGGAUUGUCUUUUCCAUCUGGCUGAGGAGACUUCAAGCUGUCCUAGGAGACAAUGGGAAACUCUAUGUGGCGGCAGAU